CCAAACGCAGCGUAAAGGAAAUCCUCUCUCUCUUUUGCUGCGCUCCCUUUCUCAAGGAUUGCUGCUUGUUUUUGCUCUUGUUUUUUGUUGCUUCUCUCUCUCUCUCUCUCUCUCUCUCAGAAUAUCCACUUCUCUUCUUCUCUCCUACUGCUCCUUUAUCUAUCAGUCUUGUUGGAUCCGUGGUUUCGUCUCUCUCAAGUUUCUGCCACAUUUCAUGGAUCUGCAAACCCACCUGCAUUGUACUCUCCGAACUAGGGUUUUAUGAUCACAUGCGCUUUGGUAUCUUCGCCGUCUUUGGCGUCAUGCUGUGGUUUGCUUCUAAAACGAAGAGGGAUGAAGAAUUUUGCCUGUGGCAUGGCCUUCUCGGGACUCCCCUCGAUACUCGUCGUGGCUGCUGCAUUUUGGCGUUUUAGCUCCUGGAUUUCUUCUUCUGACGAUGGUUAUGAAUUUCAUGGUGGAAAGGGAAGAUGCUGACAUUGAUGGUGUUUCUUCUUCCGCUGCUCAAUUCGGCUUUCUCUAGUUCUGGGAGAGAAGAUUCCUAUGAUAAGUCAGUUUCAAUCUCAUUUGACCACCUACUACCUUCCUUACAUCCACCGCCUAUAAUACCAUCUACUCGAGGAAAGCAAAUGCCAAUGAGGCCUGCAUUUGCUCCAUCCAAACCACCCCAAUUGUCUUUUGGAUCUUCACCUGUUCCCACUCCUUAUGUAACAAACCGAGGGUUUGCUUCUAGUCCUAAUAGUAAUCCUAAACACCAUCAUCACCACCACCAUCAUCAUCAUCAGAAGAGACCUGUUCUUUCCCCAGUCCCAUCUACUUCAUCAGUUAGUGAAGGUCCAGGUUGUAAACAAAUCACUUGUUUUGAGCCAUUUACUUCCACUCCUAUUGGUUCACCUUGUGGCUGUGUAUUUCCUAUGCAAGUUGAGCUCCAUCUAGAUGUUGCUUCAUAUGCAGUCUUUCCUCUUAUUCAAGAGCUUGAGAUUGAGGUUGCAGCAGGGACAUAUCUCAAACAAAGUCAAGUAAGGAUCAUGGGUGCCAGUGCAGAUAAUCAGGGUCAGGGAACAAUGGUGGAUAUUAACCUCGUCCCACUAGGAGAAAAAUUUGAUAAUACCACGGCCACACUGACUUAUGAGAGAUUUUUGCACAAGAAGGUGCCAAUUAAUACAACUCUCUUUGGUGAUUAUGAAGUGAUAUACAUCCGUUAUCCAGGACUUCCCUCAUCGCGGCAAUUUGGGGGUUACAUGGGGAGUGGUCCUAGUGGAAGCAUUGGGAGUCAUGAAUACCCUAUUGUGGCUAAUUUUCUUAACAAGAACCAGAGGAUGAAUGGUAGAAUUGUUGCUAUCAUUGCUUUAUCUGCAUUUGUUCUCUUCUUGAUAUGCAUUCUAGUGAUGCUUAUCCUCUUAAAAUACAAGAAAUUCAGACCGCCAACUGAUGCCGGUUGUACAACUGCGUUGUCUAUCACUAAAAGAUCUGGCAUGAGAUCCAUUUUGUCGAGCAGUAUGGCCAGCUCAGCAUCGGUGUCCCUUGUUUCCACCAUUGAUCCUUGUGUUCUCUCCGCCAAAACAUUUACUCUUGCUGAGCUUGAGAAGGCAACUGAGAAGUUUAGUUCUAAGAAGAUUUUGGGUGAAGGAGGAUUUGGACGAGUUUAUCAUGGGAUCAUGGAAGACGGAACUGAAGUUGCAGUUAAGUUGCUCACUAGGGAUGAUCAGAAUGGAGACCGUGAGUUUAUUGCAGAAGUUGGGAUGCUAAGUCGGUUGCAUCACCGUAAUCUUGUCAAACUUAUUGGCAUAUGCAUUGAAGAACACAUACGCUGCUUGGUAUAUGAACUUAUUCAUAAUGGAAGUGUUGAGUCCCACUUGCAUGGUGUUGACAGGAGAAAGGGACCUCUUGACUGGGAUGCUCGAAUGAAGAUUGCCCUUGGUGCUGCUAGAGGACUGGCAUAUCUUCAUGAGGACUCUAAUCCUCGUGUCAUUCACCGUGACUUUAAGGCUAGUAAUGUUCUAUUGGAAGAUGACUUCACACCUAAGGUAUCGGAUUUUGGUCUGGCACGAGAGGCAACUGAAGGAAGUCAUCAUAUUUCAACUCGGGUCAUGGGAACUUUUGGGUAUGUCGCCCCUGAAUAUGCAAUGACUGGGCAUUURCUUGUCAAGAGUGAUGUCUACAGCUACGGGGUUGUACUACUGGAGCUUUUGUCUGGAAGGAAGCCUGUAGACAUGUCUCAACCUCCGGGACAAGAGAACCUCGUGACAUGGGCACGACCACUACUUGCUAUUAGAGAAGGUCUGGAGCAAUUAGUGGAUCCUACCUUGGUUGGAAGCUAUGACUUUGACAACAUGGCAAAGGUGGCAGCCAUUGCUUCCAUGUGUGUUCAUCCAGAGGUGGCUCAGAGGCCAUUCAUGGGCGAAGUUGUGCAAGCUCUGAAGCUCAUUUAUAAUGAUAUGGAUGAGACCUGCGGGGAUUGCUAUAGUCAGAGAGAAUCAUCUGGUCCAGAUUGUGACUUCAAGUAUGAUCUCGACCCUUCAGAUGGCAGUUGCUGGGAUGCAGGUGGGCUCUCUCCCCACUUGACUUACGGGUGUGCCUCUUCUUUCAUAACAAUGGAGUACAGUUCAGGUCCACUUGAUGACAUGGAUAAUCAUAGACUGCAUUCAGCAUCGAGCUUUAUCGGGGAAGGAGGAGGAUCAUUACCAAUCAGGCAUGGGAAUAGAUCAGGUCCUCUACGAACAGUUCGCAGCAAACCUGCCUUCUACAAAUUAAGGGGAAGUAUGAGCGAACAUGGGGGCUUCAUUCCAAGGCGUGUGUGGGGUGAUGGGUACUGGAUUUGAGUCUUCUUUGUAAGCUAAUUUGAAAUGUACAGUUCAAAGGAGCACGUGUUUCCAGCUGUGCUUAAAUGGUUUAUUGUGGUUGUUGUUGCUGUCAAUUUUAUCCAUUCAUGGCGAUAUUUGGUCAUUGAUGCGAUGUGGAGAGGGUGGAGCACGGCUUCUAAUUUUGAAAAUCUUGAUUAAUUUCUUAUUUGCUGGAAAUGUAAUUUGGAACUCUUGUAUUAUAUUUUGCUUCUUUAGUUUAUUUUCUUGUGUUCAGUAUUGAGAGUAGUUGAUUCUAUUUGCUUGCUGUUGCUGAGUUUUAUGUGUUACCCAAUGGGACGCUUGGGCUUUGAGUUCCUCAUUAGAGCUGAUUUACAUUUA